CUUUCAUUUCACCGGCUAACAUUGGCUACGAUGGCCGCCACUAGAACUUCUACCCGUCAGGCUGCCCAAAAGGCGAAGGAAGCCAUUGCGGCCGCUCCUGACGUCAAGAGCCGGGGUGCUGCUGGUGCGAAGCGCAAGGAAAGCACCGACAAAGGUCCUGCGCCAAAAAGAGGCAGAAAGGCGGAAGAGAAGCCGAAAACUCAACAGCCGGCGACAGAGGAAGAGAAGGCCACAAAUGGUAUGUUUCAUACUCAAUUGAAUAAGAUUCUGGGCUGAUGGGAUCAGAAGGGGUGGAAGAGUCGGAGAAGCUUGAUGUGAAGCCUGCGGAAGAGCCUAAGAAGCCCAUCGAGAAACCCGAAAGGAAGACUGAGGAAGAGUCUCUGGCGAAACCUGCAGAGGAGCCUACCGACAGACCCGAGGAGAAGCUUGAGGGAAAGCCUGAGGAAAAGGCCGAAGAGAAGAGUGAAGAAAAUCCGAAGCCAGAGGAGUCAGAGAAGCCAGAGAAACCAGAGGAAAAGAGUGAAGAGAAGAAAGAAGAAAAGCCGGAGGCGCCAGAGAAAUUGGCUCCUGCUAAUGGAGCCGAAGCUGGCGUCAAGACAUCCCAAGAGCGGGAAGAGAAGGUUGCAUCCAAUGUACUUGAAAAAGGAAUUAUCUACUUUUUUUACCGACCUCGAGUCAAUAUUUCGGACCCUCAGAGUAUCGGCGACGUUGCCCGGAGCUUCCUGGUGCUACGACCAACGCCCAUCGGCACUACCUUGGAUCAACAAAAUGGAUCAGUGGAGUCUGGCGCGAAGUGCCGGCUGAUGAUGCUACCCAAGAAGAAGUUCCCGACCUCCGGUAGGGAGCGGGAUAUGGGAUUUGUCGAAAAGGCCGGGCAGUCUAUGAAAUCGCUGCAAGAAAGCUUCAUUGCUGGCGACACAUACGAGACGUCUACCCGUGGCGAGCAAACUGUUCCCGAAGCCAGACCGUACGCAGAGGGCGUGUACGCAAUCACAUCUACGAAACGGUCAUCUCAUUUGGCCUACGUCUUGACCAUUCCGGAAACGAUCGGAUCGAUCCAGCAAGACUUCGGUCUGCACUCUCGUGGCAGCUGGGUCGUCCAGUCGAAGAAUCCCAAGCAUCCUGGUCCGUCAUAUGCCCAGAUCAACAAAGACCCCGAGUAUCCCGAAAGUGUGCGUGAGAAGUUCGGCGAUUACCGUUGGGUCCCGUUGCAGCCCGAAUUCAUCAACUAUCCCAAUGCGCAGUUCCUGAUGAUCGGAGAGGCUACCGAUGACCUGGGCAAGGCUGCAACGGCAGAAGAGGGUGGCAAGCAGGCCAACGAGGAGCAGCCCGGGGAAGAAUUGGAGAAGCUGGGGCAGGAGAAUGAGGAACGGAUCGAAGGACUACGAGGCGAUGACACGAUCUAUGAGGAUCUGGGACUGGACGCGACGAAGUAUCCGAAAGUGCCGACGACCUGGAACAGCGAGUAAAGGAUCAACCGCUGACGACACAAAAAAAUUGUAUGAUAUGAUAGAAGAAAUAAUGUAGUCAGUGGUAUUGGCAUGCGCUCUUGCUAGAUAACUUAUCGAUCGAGUACCCCGCACUUAGCCGCUCAAAGGAAUCGCAAAAUUGUGUUAGGGGUAACUAGAGUUUAC